UGAAAUGUUUUAUAACAUAGAACUUAUCUGGAAUUUAUGUGAGAUUUUGUUCAUUGACAUCAUGCAACCAGGUCUUAUUCUUCAGCAGUUAUUACAAUGGAUUCGAUUUCAUUUCCAUGAUGAUGACAGUUCUUCGGAAAUCAUGGACUAUGAUACACCAGAAAAUCACCCAUCAUUUUGGAAAAUAAUUUAUUCUNAUAUAUUAAAUGGAAAAUUAGAUGAAGCUAGAAGAAUGUUGAAAAUUCAUACUCAGUCAUCACAAGAUAGUUUUUGCCUUAUGGAUGAAUUAUUGAGGAAAAUGCCUCUAUUUAAAUCAUCAUUAAACCAGUCUGUUGUAGAAGUGGGAUUUCGUUGGCGCCAUUGGCAAGAACAGUGCGAAAAGCUACUUGCUACUGGAGAGUUUUCACAUGAGUCAAAUCUGGAAACUAUUUGUAAGAUUCUCUGUGGAAAUAAGAAGAUAUUUGAAGAGCUUAAAGAGUUGUGUGGAAACUGGUAUCAGAUGAUGGUAUCAAGAUUGUUGUAUUCUGAUCCGUGUUUAACUGUCAAUUCACUUUCUGAUGUUGCUAAAGAAUGUAUUGACAUAUGUGUUGGCAUUAAUGGCUUAUCACAAGUAGAUAAAAUACUUUUAGCAGUUUUAGAAUUUGAUCUAGGACAAGUAAUGAGAGAAUGCUGCAAUUUAAAUGAUAACUGGUGGUUUGUUACUCAUUUGACUGAUCUGCUAUAUCAUUGUGGAUAUUUAGAGCAAAUUAAUUAUGGAACAAGAUUAAGAGAAUUCUAUAUAAUUGACUAUGCUGGAUCAUUAAUGUCUCAUAAAAGUUUAUGGCAAAUUGGUGUUGAUUAUUUCGAUCAUUGUCCUGAAAUGGGCAGACAAUAUCUAGAAAUGUAUUUGGAAAGGAUCCCACUUUCAAAUCAUGCAAAAGUAAUGAAAAUAUUAACAAUUGCUAAGAAUAGAAAUAUGCAACAGUUAGUAAACAGUAUAUAUAAGGUAAUGGGUGUACAAGCAAAUAGAAAUAAACAACUAGGAACAGCACUUUGUUGGGCAGUUCAAUCAAAGGAUAUAAAUUUUAUGUCUUAUUUAGCUGAUAAAUUUUUGAUUGAUUAUGUGAAUUGUGGAAAGUUUACCAGUUUAGAUCUUCUGGAUAAUUUAGGUCCAAGCAUGUUGGUUAGUGAUAAGCUAACCUUUUUAGGAAAAUACAGAGAAUUCCAUAAAUUUUAUGAAGAAAAAGAUUUUGCAUCGGCCACUUCUCUUCUAGUUUCUCUUCUUUCAUCGAAAUUAGUACCAAAACACUUCUGUAUAACAUUACUACUGGAUGCCUUACCUCUGUUAGAAUCUACCGAAGUAACUUUCAGCAGUCAUCAAAUGUACGAAUUAUUAUAUUCAUUAGAAGAAUUAAUAGAAAGUUCGACUUUCAAACGACACCAGUCAAGUAAAAAUGCGCAAGAGUUGGAAGAGUUAAAGGAAAAACUCAACUUGCUACGAUUUGCGUUAGGAAGAAAUUUAGCCAAAGCCGCCAUAAGAGAAGGAAGUUACCAAGAAGUUUGAAAUUUGUUACAUUAAUAUCUGAUGAAUUAUAAUAAUAAUGAAAAAUUAUUUCAACAUUAAAUUCAUUCAUUUUUGUAAAGAAAAUAUAUGAUUCUUUCAUUUACAUCUCCACAGAAUAUAUUUAGUUUGAUUAUAUAAUGCAAUAUUAAGGAAUUAAGUUACACAAUUAGCUUGAUUUUAUUCUUUAAUAUCUCCAUGUUGUUUACAUAAUUAGCCAAACUAAUCAACUUGCAUUUUAAAUAAUAAAAACAUUUCUAUACAGAAGGAAUGUUUUCUCAUUUUUAGCAAAAAUUACAACCAAAAUUUGAGAUAAGUAUUUUUGUGUGCCAAACAAGGCAAAUUACAUUUUGAAUUUAAAAGUAGAGAAUUAAUUUAGACAUAAUACAAUACAGCAGCAGAGCAAAAACCUUGCAAAUUUCAUAUACUGUAUUUAUCAUAAUCAUUCAUUGUAUAUAUGAAUCAGUUUUAAAAGUGGACAUUUUUAAGACUUUCUUUCCAAAAAUUAAAAUUUCUUUUACACACCCUUUUAGAUAAAUAUAUUUUAAAAAAUAGUUUGAAGUGAAUUGACUCAAUUACCUUCUGUGACUGAUAGUUUUUUUUUUAUUCUGAUAAAGGCUAAUCUUCAUUAAUGUAAAAAAAAUAGGUGUUUGUUUAUAUUCAUUCAUCAUCACAUUAUUUUAAAUUCAAAUUUAAUAAAGUUUGACACUUAAGAAUUAAUUUAUUUUUUAUAUAAUACAGUAGAGUUUUUGUGCAUCAUCCUGAAAAUGACCAAUAAGAUUUUGUAGGUUUUCGGUGCUGAUUUGUUUUAUAUUUUGUAUAUCAAAAAAUGUAAAAUUGUUAGAAUUAAAAGAUUGGAGAAAAUGUUUAAACAUUUCAAUGAUACUUCUAUUUUCAAAUUACCAAAAGAUUAUGCAUUUUUAAUUGUCAUCAUUCUAUCGUUAUAAGGGAGGUGGGUUCGAAACAAGGCAAUCUAAUAACAAUCAGGGACCAACAACGUCCCUAUCUAUCUAUACUAUUAGUAAAUUAAUUUAUUACGUCCCAUUCGGAUGCUACGACCGAUACGAACGGGGUGAGUCUAAUAAGCCAGUGUUUUGCAACCGGUGUGCUGUCACAAGGUGUAAGGUGUGACGAACUUUUACAUAUUCUAUUAAUUUCAAGCUUUAUUUAUAUAUUUUUAUCACAGUUGCUGUGUUUCUUAUGCUUGUAUUUCAAGUAUUAUCUCAUAAGUGCCGCAGCACUUAUGAAAUAAGGUGAUGCUCAUUUAUUCAUUAUUACAAGCCAUGCAUUUUUAUGUAUUUU